UCCAUGAGUACGCCAUUUUGAAAAAAUUUUACGGGAUUAGUCUUGAGUUGUACUCAAUAUUUCGUCUAAGAUGAGGGAUGUUAAGGGAUACAUAAGCAGAAAACAAAGCGAAGGGGGAGCCAUGGCACCAGAUUGGGCCCAUCUUGGUGAAUUGUACGAGAAGAAGUUAUGGCAUCAACUGACUUUGAGACUUACUGAGUUUGUCAAGAGUGACUACUUUAACAAAUAUGGAGGGCUUGUAGAGCUGUAUGAAAAUUUCCUAGCAGACUUUGAACACAGAAUAAACAUGCUUUCACUCAUGGAAAUUGUGCUAUAUGUGAUAAAGGAAAUAAAAGAACCAGAAACUGCUAUAGAGUUUCUAGAGAGGGAAAAAGAAAAGAUAAAAAAUGAUGUAGAGGCAGAGGUUCUUUGUAUGACAGCAAUUGGAAACAUUAAGCUUCAACAGAACAAAAUGGAAGAAACAAAGGCCUUAAUUGAACAAGCCAGAGGGAUGCUUGAAACUAUUGAUGGUGUUACUACAGUCCAUGGCAGAUUUUAUGAACUCUGCAGCAACUACCACAAAAUUACUGGUUCAUAUAAUGACUACUACAGAGAUGCACUGCGCUUCUUGGGAUGUGUGGAAGUUAGUGCCAUGAAAAUUGGAGACCAAAUUGAUAGAGCUUUACACUUGUCUCUUGCUGCCCUAUUGGGAAAUGAUAUUUACAACUUUGGAGAGUUACUGGCACAUCCAGUAUUACAGUCUCUCCAUGGAACAGAGCAUGGUUGGCUAAUAGAGCUUCUCUUUGCUUUUAAUAGUGGAGACAUAACACAGUUUGAACUCCUGAAACGUCACUGGCAAAAACAGGCUGAUUUGAAUGCCAGUUACAAAAGCCUGCGACAGAAGAUCAGCCUGCUCUGUUUGAUGGAGCUUACGUUCAAAAGGCCCUCCAAUGACAGAAACCUCUCAUUUGAAAUGAUAUCAAAAGAAGCACAGCUACCACUUGAAGAGGUUGAACUUCUUGUUAUGAAAGCAUUAUCUCUUGGCUUAGUUAAAGGCUCGAUUGAUGAGGUUGAACAGAUGGUCCACAUGACUUGGGUGCAACCAAGGGUACUGGACCUAGCUCAGAUUGCUCACAUGAGAGAUCGGUUAUCGGAGUGGUGUGAUAAGGUUAAGACUCAAGUCUACUCUGUUGAAGAUCAAGGCCCCGAGCUCCUUGUGUAAUAUAGACUUCUCUACUUUCAUUAUUGUGUUAAAUAAAGACUAAAAACAUUUUGACGGUC